ACCUGCGCACACUUGGCUCGCAAUUCUAGUCGGUGCUCCGCCAUCUUGGAACGGACUGCUCUCGGUGAUGAGUGUUUUAGGGUGGUUGUGUCACAUUCUCUGACCGAAUCUCCCGCAUCUGCGCCACUUUCAUGGGCCAGCGCGAGCCGAUUCGUCCCGCGGGUGCCGACCAGGUGUCCGAUGUGUGCUAGCGAAGCGGCGAGGCGGCUCCGCAGCUAGCCCCCAUCUGGUUUUCUGACCACUUUAGCACAGACAUUUUGAGACCCGACUGCAGCAGUUUGAGUUUUUGGAACCAUGUCCACAAGCAUGAGGACCACCCUGCAGACCGUUCCCGAGUCGCUCCCGGCCGACCAUGUCAGCAACUCGUCCUCAACCAAGGUCGGUCUGCUUCUUCAGUCGCCGCGAUGCAGCUCUCGCGCUCGGAGCAGCUUCCUCCUUUGCUGACUCGUCAUCGUCGGUCGGAAUGAGUUCGUCGACGGCCAGCGGCCGGACGGUGCCUAAGCGGCAGCUGUCCCGAGACACGGAGCAGCGGGUGCGCAACCUGCAGCGGGAGCGCCAGAGUCAGACGGUGGCGAUCCGCCGCAAGGCUACCCCCGUCUCGGUGGUGGCACCCGCAGGGGUCAAGGCCGCGCCCAGACGCACCCCCACCUUUUCCGGACACGAUGCGGACGUGCCACCGACCAGACCAGCUCGCAAGGUGUUGUCCGUCAGCGAAGUGCCGCCGUCGGACAGUCCACCAGCGGCCCUGACACCCGCCAACGCGACCGGCGCCACGCCCCUCGGCCUACCGCCCAGACAUCCCGCCGAGCAGCAGGACAAGCAGACGGCGGACAGCACGACGCCUCGCGUCGCAUCCUCUCGCAGCCGCACCUCGGACGAGCCACACAUCGGCAAGUACAAGCUGCUCAAAACCAUUGGCAAGGGAAACUUUGCUAAGGUCAAGCUCGCCAAACAUGUUCCCACCGGCAAAGAGGUUGCAAUUAAAAUCAUAGACAAAACUCAGCUCAAUCCUAGUAGUUUACAAAAACUCUUCAGAGAGGUUAGAAUAAUGAAAAUGCUGGACCAUCCAAAUAUUGUUAAACUGUUUCAAGUGAUUGAAACAGAAAAGACUCUGUACCUGGUAAUGGAAUAUGCCAGUGGGGGAGAGGUGUUUGACUACUUGGUGCUUCACGGCAGGAUGAAGGAAAAGGAGGCGCGCGCCAAGUUUAGACAAAUCGUGUCGGCUGUGCAGUACUGCCAUCAAAAGAAGAUAAUUCAUAGGGAUCUGAAAGCUGAGAAUCUACUGCUGGACAGUGAGAUGAACAUUAAAAUUGCCGACUUUGGCUUCAGCAACGAGUUCACGCCCGGAAGCAAACUAGACACCUUCUGUGGCAGUCCUCCCUACGCAGCACCAGAGCUCUUCCAGGGCAAGAAAUAUGAUGGUCCAGAGGUGGACGUGUGGUCUCUCGGUGUGAUUUUGUACACUCUGGUGAGUGGAUCGUUGCCUUUUGACGGCUCAACCCUGCGCGAGUUGCGGGAGCGGGUGCUAAGGGGCAAAUAUCGCAUCCCCUUUUACAUGUCAACCGACUGUGAAAACCUGCUUAAGAAGUUCCUUGUCCUCAACCCAGCGAAGAGAGCCUCGCUUGAGUGGAAAAGCGGUGACUUGUUGCUGGCCCCACAGAACAUCAUGAAGGACAAGUGGAUGAACAUGGGCUAUGAGGAAGACGAGCUGAAGCCAUACACAGAGCCCGAGCCAGACUUUAAGGACAUCAAGAGGAUAGGUACGCCAUCUUCGGCUACCUCUGCAUGCGAGAAAAUGCGUGUGACUGCAAUAGCAAGUGAGGAGGCUAGAGAGGCUCUAGUGAAUAUGGGAUACUCCAGAAGUGAAAUCGAGGAUAGUUUGGCCAAUUGUCGAUACGAUGAUGUAUUUGCGACGUACCUGCUCCUUGGCCGAAAAGCCACUGAUCCCGAGAGUGAUGGUUCGAGAUCUGGCAGCUCGCUGUCGCUGCGCAACAUUCCGCCGGCGGGCGCGACUUCAACGACUGGCGCAGCGGCCAACAGCGCGCAGUCACCGUCGCACGGCCACCGAGGGGUGCACCGCUCGAUCUCGGCGACCAACUCGAAGCCCAGCCGCCGUGCCUCGUCAGGCGGCGAGAGCUUGCGUGAGUCCCCGGCAGGGUCCAAGGACUCCACGGCUGCAGCAGCCACACCCUCUGGUGGUGCUCCUGCGCUGACCCCGGGCACCAACCACAACCACUCUGCCGUCACAAGCAGCAACUUCAAGCGACAAAACACCGUCGACUCCGCUACCAUCAAGGAGAACACAGCGCGCAUCAACUCCGCGUCGGCUGCCGCCUCGGGAGCAGGCAGACCGUCAGCUGCCAAGAGCACUGUGUCCAACAUUCCAAGCCUGGACACUUCAGCGUGGUCGAGAAUAAUCCUCUAUCUACAGAAAUUUUUAAGAUGUGGGCCACAUUUGGUUUCAGGCAACUCUGCAAGCCCGAAACCUCGAGGAGUGACCAAGUCCAACACAAUGACUGGCAACCGAUCGCUGGCCGGCGGUUCGGUCGGCCGGCGUAGCACCAUCAGCUACGAAGCCAAGACUGCCUCGACUGAGAAGACAAACGCGGUAGGCGGUAGUCUGGCAGACACCCCUAGCGCGGUGGCAGAGUCUGCUCCCCCCUUACCCCCGAGCAGGUCGGCCUCUAGGGGUCACGCAAAGUCUGCCUCGAUUUCCUCUUCCACCGCCGCAAGUGCUACGGGCCCCGCCUCUACGUUGGCAAGCCGCGUCACCAACGAGCUAGACUCUUCCCUAGACCCCCUCAGGUCAAGCUCGAACCGCACCCCGGCCUCCCCCGCCGCCAGUAACCGCCAGCCGUUCCCCAGGAAUGUGCCGAGCCGCUCGACCUUCCACUCAGGCCAGAACCGGCAGCGCAACCACGCGUCCACGGUCGGUGGCUACUCGCCGGGCACGCCACUCCAGUCGCAGGACACGUCGGCCAUCAGCCACUCGGCCCGCACCUCUUUUUUCUCCAAACUCUCGUCGAGGUUCUCCAAACGCCCCCUGGAGAGCACCGUCCCUAAAACAGUAGUUAGCCCGGCUGCCGUGGGCAACGAGGAGCAGAUCAAGCCGAGGUCGCUUAGAUUCACGUGGAGCAUGAAGACCACUUCGUCCCGGGAUCCGAACGAAAUAAUGGCAGAAAUCAGAAAGGUGCUGGACGCCAACAACUGCGACUACGAGCAGCGCGAGCGGUUCUUGCUGCUGUGCGUGCACGGCGACCCGAACACGGACUCGCUGGUGCAGUGGGAAAUCGAGGUGUGCAAGCUGCCGCGGCUGUCGCUGAACGGGGUGCGCUUCAAGCGCAUUUCCGGCACCUCGAUCGGCUUCAAGAACAUCGCCUCGAAGAUCGCCAACGAACUCAAGCUGUGACUACCAGUGCUGGACCGAGAGGGCUUGGAGCUCGAGGAGGAGCUCGACGAAGAGGACGAGGACCUCUCCGUGGCAUCCACCUCGUCGGCGCCACCGCCGGCCCGCUUUCAUCAGGCCGGCAGCAGUGGCCGCGCCUCCAAGCCUCACAAAUGAACCCACCCCCUUCGCCCCCGCCUCCCCACGGCCCCCGGCAGUGCAUUCUCGGAAGGGGUCCGUUUAUUUGUGCAUCUCGGUCCGGAUCCACGCGCCACGCCCCCAGGCUCAACCCUCCGUUCUGUCCUCUCCCGUUUUUUAUUUAUUCGGACGUUUUCUUUCCGUUUUCGCCGUGUGCGUGUUGAGCCCCCAGUUCGGAGUGGCGUGGAUCCGCAGCUCCAGCGACAGUUGCGAUAAUGUUUGUUACUUAAACACACUCACACUAAAAAUAACAACUCCGUGGAAAUAUUAUGUUACGACUACGAAACGAAGAGAGAACUCAUUGUUCAACACCAGACAAUGUUACAUAAAAAAUAAUGCACACUUCACCUUAGGAAUCGGAACAGUGUGAUCGGGCCAAUGUGCUUACUUUUCAUUCGUCGCAUUGAUUGGUUUCAUGGCUCUUUUCAACGGUGUUUCACAAUCAUUGUGGCACGAGACCGUUUUAAUUUUAAAUUGACACGGUAAACAGCAACACACACUCACAGGUGAAGCAUGAAGAGGAUGCGUGUUUGUGAUACAAAAAAAUAUAUAUAUGAUUUUGAGCAAGAGAGGGAGAGAAAGCGAGAUGAAAAUAAAAUCGUCGAAAAGUGAGUUUAUUUUGAAGAGAAACUUAACCAGUUGGAAAUGAAGUUAUCUAUAUAACGAACGCUAUAGAAGAGUAUUAUGGUUAGUUGAAUCGUGGGUGCGCGAGUGCAAGGAUAAUUGCCGACUUGAUUUGAUGCAACCAUAAUUGAUUAUUAAUUAUUAUUAUCGUCACUGUUAUAUUUGAAAGUGGUAGUUUGACGACAAAUCUCAUGUCAGCAAUCGUCAUUUCUAGGCAAUUGAAUGUUUUCCUAACUGUGAGAGACAACUGUCACACGGAGCAUUAGUUGACAGCUCCCUCCCCGAUCGCGAAAAAGAAAAAAAGCGUUUUUGAACCAACUGCAGUGUUCUGUCUGAUUUGCCAACAAGUCUGAUACCAAAUUUGCGAGGCCUAUCACGAGUAGAAAAAUUGGCAAAUCUGCGAAAUGCAGAAUCCUCUCUCUUCUCUAUUUUUCUGUUUAUCAUUUUAUUUGUUUUGUACGUGCAGAGAUUUUAAGUAAUUGAAAAUGGACUGUUUUUCGCAAACACCGAUGUUGACGACGGAAUCCGUUAUUCGUACCGCUCUGGACUUGUAAGACUGCGAAUUUGCAUACAGAAGUCCAACAACAACAACAACAACUUGUUUUAGUCACCGCCUGAUUAACAAGGCCGCCGGAGCUGCUGCGUGGCUAGUGAGGAAAAUGCCUCAGCGCGGUUGCAGCUCUCGCGGACGCAUUCAAAAUUAUAAUUUCAAAGUGUAGAUAUGUGUACAUUUUUUGUGAAAAUGCGGCCAGGAGUGUUUUUAUCGUUAAGUUGUGACGCAUAUCCUGGGAAAAAUGAGAACGAAAGUACGCGGAUUAGGCCUGGAAUAUAAGUCACUCUGAAACGCACUAUGUAAAAAUGGGAUUAACAAGACGAGUUUUUGAGGAAAUGCAACAAUCUAUUCAACACUCACAAAAUCACAUACGGAAUACACACACCAACAGUGCUUCUUGUUGAAAAAUGAUUUCAGUGUUUCAAUAUGGUUAUAAUAAUAUAUAUCUUUGUAGAUACUUGUAUCAUACCGUCACCCGCCUCCACGACCGCCCGCCCCCCACUGUUUUAGCAGACGAGAAAAAUUCAAAUCGUAGACCUCAAUAAACACUCCUCGUAUUUCAUUCAUUUCUUGCUUUUAUUGCUGGAAAACGCGCUGUAUUUUAAUUAUCAUAAUUAUUGCUGUGAAGAGCAUUCUGGUGAAAGCAUGGGAAAAGUAUGACUGUAGUGUUGACUUUAUAAUAAAAGUGAAAAUAAUACUUAUUACGAAAACAAA